GUAUAGCGCAAUGCAGGUAAUUUAAAAUACGCACGUCACAUUUCUCCCUAGAUGGCGGCGGAGAGACCUAAACGACCAAUUCAAAAGAUUGCAAGUAGGUGGGGUUAAAGUCAAUAUCGUAUCAUUCUUCUGUAUAUUAUACCGACUGCUUUUCUGGCUGUUAAACACACGCGCGCGCUGUCCUCCUCUUUAACCGCUGUUACCCUUUCCAAACAAGGAAACAAAAAAGAGACAAAGAAACAAGAGGUUUCCAUUCUUCCCACCAUAACGGAGCAAAGAAAAAACAAAACAAAAACCGGUAGGGAUUAGCAGACGAGAUCUGAUGUUGAGUGUAUCAUGUAAGACGCAAGGGGUAUAUGUGACAUGAGGUAUUUGUCAUUUGAGUAUGUCGUGAGUGGAUGCUGUGGCGUUGGACUUGUUCAUCUCUAUCAAUUCCGCAAAACGAGUAAAAUGACCCCCCUCCAGUGGAAAAAUUCCAUUAUAUCCCAGAUGAUGCAAAAAAAAAAAAAAAAAAAAAAAUAAGGGGUUGAUUUUGGUGUGGUUUGGUGUAAGUGAGUCGAGUCAUGCGCUGUGAUUCUUGGAGAUAGUUGCGAACAGCUUAAUGGUGCAUUAGAAGCUGCUAUCAAAAAGACUCGAAAUAUCACAACGGCGCUGCAAGGCAAGUAUCGAUUAACCCAGCGUGGCUGGUUUUCGUUUACUGGGCCUUCUCGUUGAUGGUCUUUUCCACCGCAGAAGUCGUCUUCCUCCGAGGUCGCAUAACAGCAUCCUGGCUGCUCAUGCGACGGUCGAGAGCGCGCUCCAGCUUUGCGCCGAGGGCGAGCUUGCUCAUGCGCUCGUACUUCUCCUCGGACAGGGUGACGCGCUGAGAAGAGAGGGC